UUGUAUAAUAUAGAUAAUAUAACAAUAUAAUACUAAAUAGGUCUUCCACUCUUUGCUUUCUUUAUCUAUUCAGUGCUACUCUCACGAAGACUGAUAUUAAAUUUAGUAUUUACAUUCAAAGAAUGUUAGUUAAUAUAAUUUAUGAAUUGUUAGCAUACAAUUUAAUACUCAAAUGAUAUUCCAUAAUAAGUAAACGAUAUAUUAUUAUCAAUGUUAAUAUGGCAAGUAAAUUUUAAAAUAAUAAUAAAAUCAGUAACGACAUAAUUUAAAUUAUUAUGUCACAGACAGGUCUAAGUGCAUGGACGCUAUCCACUUACAGACUAAAACUAAGUCACUAAUAGUAUUGAAUAAUAUAAAUAGAUAUAAAACGAAAAUGUUCGAAACAAAAAAAAGCACGAUAUUUUUAUCACUGGAAAUAGGCAUAACCACGUAUACAUUUUAUACUGCAGUGUAAAUAUUAACAUCUAUUGACAUUUACGUCUAUUCAAAAUGGCUUUGAAAAGAACUAUAGGUUUUCAUCUGAACGAACAAAAUCAAAGAAAGAAAACGAAUUUGUUUCAAGCUAUUAAAAACGAGACCUUUAACUGAUUUCAUUUAAGUUUCGUCCCUACUAUACCUCCAACCCCAUUGUACUGGCUGUUCUUUAAUACAUGAAUAAGAUAUAUUAUACUAGUAUUGGAUUAUUACCUUACUUACAUCUGAAGUCUCUAAACAAUAGUUUUAUCAAAUUUUAAGUUAUACCAAAAUUUAUUUAAGAUGGACAAUAAGUCUGGAUCUGACGAAGAAACAUUUGAUACAUCUGUUGAUAUUUAUCCACUUAGUCAUUAUGUGGAUGAUCCUGAAGAAUUAAUAAGACAGGUUUUUACUAUAGUACGUGGUAAAAGACUGGCUAGACUUGUGCCACCAGAGCUUAAGGAUAUGACUUUAGAAGAGUUAAAAGCAGAUUGUUUAAUUCAACUACUGAGCAUGUCGAAGAAACGAGUUUUAGCCACAUUAAAUGGGAGAGACUUAGAAUUAUCGUCUGACUCUGAUGAUACACUUGUAAUUAGUAAAAAUAAGCGUUUACAACACAAUACUAGUUCAAUGGUAAAGAGGUCACAGAAAGAAAAGAAGAAAAAGUCAUUAAAAAAGAAAAGAAAUGGAUCUAGUUCUGAUUCUGAUAAACCUGCAAUAAAAGAAGGGAAAACGCUUUUAGAAAUACUGGAAUUGGAAAUGAGAGCCAAAGCUAUACGUGCUUUACUUGGACCUGAGGAAAAGCCCAAAGAAAACAAAAUUGAAGUAACUCCUAUAAACAAAACAGUUUCAGAAGACAAAAGUGAAGUAAAAAGUUGGAAUGAAAGCUACAUGGAACGAAAUAAUGUCAAUGACGUUGUUAAAACCAGCAAGUUGUGUACAGGCAUACGAAGACGUAUGCUCUUACAUCAACAAAAAUUACUAGCUGAAAAAGAAAAACUAAAAGCUGAUGAACCUGAACAUGUCAGUCCUGGAGAUAUAAUUAAAGCCAAAUCUGAUGAAAAACUUAAAAAAAUGCUAUCCAAUAUAGGAAAAAAUAUCUAACAUUUCAUGUUUAAGGGACUUACAGACAAAAGCAAUUCAUGCACACUAAUUGCAUCACGACAGUUGAAUGUUGAAAAACUGCACUAAAUAUUUGGACUAUACCUUCUAUAAAUAUGACUUUCUAAUUAUUAUUUUGUUAAAUAUUUAAUGUUUUGUAUUUUAGCUGUCAUUAUUUAUUUUAAUAUAAUAUUUUUAGUGAUUUUAAUUUCUAAAUAAAUGUUUGAACAUUUUUUUUAACAUAAACAACCUCUUAAUAAUUAUAAGCAGUAUAUUUCUCAA